AUGAUCCUCGACCAGUUGGCACCAGGCGCGGCGCUCGCCCUCGUCGUGGCUGCACUCGGGGCGCUGUAUCUAUGGCACAAGUCCCGCGCCCACGUCGGGACCACAGAUGUGACGAGAGGCUUCAACUUGGUGCGCGUGCUCAAGCGCACGGACACGGAGCUAGCGCUUCUGGGCAAUUUCCACCGCGACCGCCAUAAGAAGGCGGCCGUGCUGAUCAUCCAGACAGCGGCUAUGGAUGCAGGGACGCUCGGCCAAUUGAUGAACGGAAUGUCGCUCCACGAAGUCUUUGUCAACGAUGUCUACAGCUCGUUCCAUGGCGACGUGUCGCGCGAUGUCAAGCCGUACAAGGUAAGCAUGAUCUACCCGGCAACGGAGCGUCACGUGCGCAAGCACACGGAUCAGGUCUUUCAUAUGGUCGUGGAGACCAAAGAGGCAUAUCGGAUGAUUACAAAGCCGUUCAUUGAGAGCAUUCCUGCGGAGAAUAUCGAGUGGGUCUAUAACAUCCUUGAGCACAAGAGCGAGGCAGACCGGAUAAUUUACGAGGACAAACACCCUACCAAUGGUUUUGUGUUGCUACCAGACUUCAAGUGGUCGGACCAGUCGAAGUUGGAGUCUCUGUACUGCCUGGCGAUUGUGCAUGACCGGUCGCUGCGAUCUCUCCGUGACCUGACGGGCACCCAUCUGAAGCUGUUGCGCAACAUCCGAAAUGCCAGUCUAGAGAUUUUGCGCGAAAAGUACGGCGUCAAGGCGAGCUCCAUUCGCACGUAUUUGCACUACCAGCCUACCUAUUAUCACCUGCAUGUGCAUUUCUCCCAUGUCAAGAUCGUCCAAGGAACAUCUUCUGGAAAAGCUGUGCUUCUCGAAGACGUUAUCAAUAACUUGAGUGGUCACAGCGAUCACUACAAGAACGCGACACUAUCGUUUGUAGUCGGUGAGACGCAGCACAAGCAGCUGUUUGAGCUCUUUCGUCAGAAGCGCAUUGUUUGA